AUGGAGACAUUGCCCGAGGAGGUUAUUUUGAUGAUCUUCGAGUAUCUGCCUUUUAGAACCCUAAUAGUGGUGGCGCAAGUGUGCCAAAGAUGGAAAUAUCUGCUGCGCCGUCGCCUGCUCGAGGUGCGCCGCCAGGAGGACCUGAGGCGGUCGCACUGCGGUAUCAUCGCUGUACUCAUAUCUGGAAGCAUCGACUCGUUAAGCUCUUGUAUGACCACCGUCGUCGAUGUCAUCCCGCAUCUUCGACAACUAACGAUUCACGCCACGUAUCCGCUCGGAGCCCGCUGCGUGGACGACCUGCUCCGGCUGCGUCACCUCGACCACUUGGAUGUAUUUAUACAGGAGCGGCGAAUAGAGUCUCGCUGGUCGCCGCUCCUGCUGCGGCUGAGCUCGCUUGUGAUCAACGAGACUUUGACGCCGGGCGUGCUGAUCUCGAUGGCCGCCGGCGAGAGGCUGCGCUGCCUUAACAUGUACGGCCGCUCGUGGCACUUCCCGGCGCGGGAGCUAACUCCCGUGCUACAGGCGCGUCGGGAGCACCUCACCGAGCUGACGCUGCGCUGCACGGAGCUCGCGGACGCCGCGUUCGAGAUCAUCGGGCGGUGCGAGCGGCUGACGUCGCUGCAGCUGUACUCGUGCUGGCUGCUGACGUCCCGCGGCGCUCAGCACGUGGUGCGGCCGCGCGGGCUGCGGCGGCUGCACGUGACCGGCGCCCGCAUGCUGCGCUCGGGGGCGCUGCACGCCUUCGUCCGCAGCCUGCCGCCCGCACUCGAGGACCUCUGCCUCAGCGCCGGCCGCUUCGAGGACGAGCACGCGCCGCCGCUCGCUCGCCGCCUGCCCGGGCUCAAGGCGUUCGAGCUGUGGCGGUGUGAGGUCACCUCGCACAAUAUACUGAAGAUGGUGCGCGAGAUGCCGGCCCUGCGCACUCUGGACUUGGACAUUGUUCUGUCGGAGGUAGAGUUGGCGUCGCUGACGAAGCAUCCGAGUCUGUCGUACGUGCGGUAUCUGUUCAAGAAACGGUCCUCGGAGGUGGAGUUGAAGGAGGUGUACAUGAAUCGGAGGUGCGGCGGGGAGAGCUAUCAGCCGUACUUGCGAGGGCUGCCGCAGCGCGGCGGCGGUGAGGGGUACCGCGCCUCGCUGUUCUACUACUGGACGCAGGACCGCCGCCUCCCGGUCGUCGUGGGUGGCUCCCAGGACAAUGAGGAGUUCGUCGCAGUGUAG